UCGUUCUAUGCUGUGUGCUUACGCAGUGUACUUGCUGGCUUCUUUUUCUUUGAUUAUAAAAUAUUUCAAUUAGAAAUAAUAUUAUAAAAGUGCCUAAAAAUGUAAAAUAAAAGGAAAUUAUUCAAAUAUUGUGGAUGUGUGUGAAAGAAAUGAAGAUAUUGUGCAGAAAUCGUCUAUUGAAAUAACGAAAUUUCGUCUACGUCUGAAUACAAAACAGCAAGGUAGAAUGUGUACAAGCAAACGCAAAUAAGAAAUAUAAAAUCAGUGCAAAAGCAAAAUCAAGUAGAGAAAAAUCAAAAUACAAACUUAGGACCAGAGGACGACAAAUGGGAUUGUGCUGUUUUGCUGACGUCGGCAGCGACAGAGAACUGUGUAUUAUUUUUCGUUUUGUAGUGUGCCGUUGUUUUUGUUUUCGCACCAAGCGGAUGCGGUGGGCAGCUACUAACAAAACACAGUACAGAGAGCGUAGAUUAUGUAUAGUGAACGUUGGCUGCAUAGCAAAGAACAGCAUAGCGAACAAUCAGAUUUGAAUGAGAAAGUGCCUAAAAGGGAGAGAAUAAAAAUAGAAAAAGAAAAGACGAAAUCAAAUCAAAUUAAAUGGUUGAAUUGGUUGAAUGUCGAGGUGCUAUUUUUGUUGUAUUAGUCUGUGGUGCAUUCACACUUUUGGUGUGCAAUUGCUGUGUGCGGUAGAGCAGAUAUAGCGGCAGCGACAGUGGCAGCAAUAUCAAUAAUACAUAUGUGUGAAGUGUAUUGAGGGGGUAGCAUAGCGUUUUUUUUGCCUGUAUGUCGAGUCGCGGUGGGAGUAUGUGUGUGUGCAACAGCGAAGUAAAAAUCAGGCAACAGAAGACGAACACAAAGCGAGCAGGCAAUUAGUGCCGACGACGCUGAGGCUGAGACUGUGGAGACUGCUGAGGCUACGGCAGUCAGUGUGGCGUUGUUGUUUAAUACAUUGGUAUCGUUGUUAAGAAUCGGGUGGAAAUGUGAUUAGUGCGCUCAUGAAAAUUAUUAUGAACUGUUCGAAAGUGUUGGAGGAGAAAAAGGAAUCAGAUAACCGAAGUGAUUUAAAUGAGAAAAUUUUUCAAAACAGAUAAAACAAACUGUGCAAUGUGUAAGUUAAAAUUAUUUAACAAGAGAUCCACCGAUUUUAUUGGCAAGUAAAUUAAAUAACUACCUACAAAGUUUACAAUCUGCGUGUGAAUAGCUUUGGAGUUAUUUUUGGAUAGUAUUCAGGACGCAAUAAGAAUAAUUUCCCUGAAUAACAUACAAAUUUGAGAAAUUAAUAAAUAAAAGCUUAUGAAACAACUGAAUUCUAAAUAUUGGGUUUCUAUCAAUAUGUGGAGAGCCUUUGCAGAAGCCACUAUGAGUUUAGAAAAUGGCUGCAUUGCCAAAAUUUAAUACUCCAGCCACUAUGAGAAUGGAAUCCGCGUAAAAUGGAUUCCUAAAAUUAUUAAUUGAGUUAAGAAAAAUCCUAAAAAAUUGACAAACUUAUUGAAAAGCGAAAAGAAAAAAAUGAACGCUGACGCCCUCGAUUGUGAUUGCACAGUAGUAGCGCAGCGACAGCGGCAAAAACAACAAGAAUAUCAAAAUGGGCAAAGGCAAAGUCAACAACGACCAAAGCAAAGGCGGUCGUCGCCGCUAUGGCAGUGGCGCGCAACAGAAGCGUGCACCGUGACCACUAACAAUAACAACAAUUACAACAGUGGCGCAGCCUGCAGCAGCAGUAAUUGGCACGCGAAAAUUGCAAAGCAAAGACGAAGAAGCAAAAUGCCAAUGGCUGUGCAAAUAAAACAUGAAAAUAACAGUACUCGCACUAAUUACUGCAAUUUCAUUAAACUCAAUCGAUUACUAAUUGCCAUUGUCGGACUAUUGAUAACACUAGCAGUAGCAACGACAACUACAACAACCACAAUAGUAAUGAUAGCAGCUGUGGCAACAACAAAACCAAUAUUGAGUGGCACAGUGGCAAUGACAGUACCAGCGGCUGCACUGCUCGCGCCAAUUUCACUAAUUGGUCAUAUGACAGUCGCAACAGCAGCAGCGGUGCCCGCCUCAUCACCACUCUCUGCGCAGCAACAACAACGUCAAAUACAACAGCAACAAUUGUUUGCGAUGCUGACAAAAAAUCGUCAAAGCCACACUGGCGAAGUAAUCUCAGCGGGUGGAAUAGAUGUGGGCGGCGGCGGCGGCGGCGAAGGAUUACCAGCAUCAGCGUUAGCUGCCGCAUUUGUUCCCAAGCAUUUAUUAGAACUAGAUGCGGCCGCACCGGAACCCGAUGAUACGGCGGAUAAUGCAGAUAUGUCCUUGGAGACAGCUGGCUUUGUGGCCGAUGAUGGUCAGCGUUAUGAGAAGGCGGUGAAAGCGUUGGCUGCCGCCGUUAACAGCAAAGCCAAUGGCAAUAGCAAUGAUAGUAACGGUGGUGGGCGACAGUUUGGUGUGAGUGCAUCAUCGGAUUGCCCAAAAGAAUGCAAAUGCCUGGAUGCAUAUUUCGAUUGCGGUAACCAGCUUUUGGAUCGUAUUCCUGUAUUGCCAACCUACGUGCAAACGCUCGAAUUGGUUGGCAAUAAACUGAACAACACGAGUGUGCUGCAGAUAAAGAAUCUAACGGAAUUAAUAAAACUCACGCUAAAGCGCAACCAACUGGAAAGUGUUCCCGUAUUCAGUGAACUGAUCGCUCUGAAGCAGCUCAAUUUAGCUAAUAAUCGCAUACAGCGCAUUAGCAGUGCGGCAUUGGAAGCCUUACCGAAGCUGAAAACUUUAGAUUUGUCCAGAAAUUUUUUGCACGCUGUGGAGUCCAGUUAUUUUCCACCAAACAACCGUUUGGCGCAUCUCAUACUCAACUCAAACGAAAUUAGGAGUAUCGAUGAAGACGCUUUUCAGCACUUAGGUGAUUUAUUGGACUUGGAAUUGAAUAACAAUCGCUUGACAGCUUUACCGGCAGGUGUUUUUCGUACACUGCACAGGUUGCGCAAACUGUCAUUGAAUAACAAUCAUCUUGAAAUCAACUGGUCCACAUUUCGUGGCCUCUCAUCACUUCAAAAACUCUUCCUCAAGUCCAAUAAUAUACGCAUACUGCAAGAUGGCGUUUUCUAUGUCAUGCACGCAAUCGAAACGAUUGAACUGGACCACAAUAGCAUCACCUCUCUGAGCCGUCAGGGGCUAUUCAAUCUGACCAAAUUGCACCAUUUGAGUCUAUCGAAUAAUUCCAUCACGCGUAUCGAACCAGAUACAUGGGAAUUCACACAAUCGCUCAUUUCACUCGAUCUGUCACACAACAACAUUAGCGAAUUCAAGCCACAACAUUUGGAUUGUCUCAAACGUUUGCGGCACUUAAAUUUGGGUCAUAACAAAAUUCAAUAUCUGGCUGAUAAUACAUUUGAUUGUGUGAAAAAUUUAGAGGACUUGAAUUUGCGACGCAACAAACUCGCCUGGAUUAUCGAAGACCAGGGUGCAACGCCGCCAUUCAAAGCAUUGCGCAAGCUGAAGAAACUGGAUUUGUAUGGCAAUAACUUGAAGCAAAUUAUGGGUAAAUCACUAAGCGGCCUGGGCAAUUUGGAGUCGCUCAACUUAGGCGACAAUGCAUUGGCCUCCAUACAAUCGGGCGCCUUCGAUCACAUGCUACAUCUGCAAAAAUUAAAUUUCAAAUCUUUGAACUUUAUUUGCGACUGUGAGUUAUUGUGGUUUCAUCGCUGGCUACGCAGCAACGAACAAUCGACAACCGGCACGCAAGUGCAAUCGGAAAAUGCGGUAUGCGGCUAUCCAGAGGCUCUGUUCGAUCGUCAACUGUUGACGCUGAGCACCAAUGAAUUGUUGUGUGCCAACUCACCCAAACCAGCCAUCAUACAGGAGCCAUCUAAUCAGCUCACUGUGAAAGGUGGGAAUAUUACAAUGGAGUGCAUAGGUAUUUCACCAACGGCAGCGUCGUUGGCUGCAGCCGAUGAGUUGAAGAUUAAGUGGCGUCAUGACAACCAAAAUAUACGCGAACGCGAGCGCGGCCACUUAUUUGCAACGCAUCGCAGUGACGCUGGAUUUGGAGGCGACAGUUAUAGUACCACCGAAACGCGUAUACGUCAAGACCAUGCUACCAACCAGACUACAAUUAUCGGCUACUUGCGCCUGUACAACGUCAGCUAUGCGAAUGCAGGGCGCUACCAAUGUGUCGUUUCGAACGCAUUUGGCACGACGUACUCACAAAAGUUCAAAAUUUCUAUUUUAAUUCAUCCGACCUUCCUGCAAAUUCCCUCAAAUUUAACGAUUGAUUCGGGCGACACAGCGCGCCUGGUGUGCUCAGCUACUGGUGACCCAGUGCCCGAAAUCGCCUUGCAAAAAUUUGGUGGAAGUGAUUUUCCAGCGGCGACGGAACGACGGCUUCAAGUUCUACGUGAAGAAAAUGCCUUCAUAAUCACCAAUGCGAAACCGAACGACACCGGCAUUUACACGUGCACCGCUGAAAGUGCGGCGGGUGAAAUAAAAGUGAAUGCUACCUUGGUGGUGAACGACAAGCCCCAACCUAAAAUACCGCUUGUGAGAAAAGAAACAGUGGUGGGUGAAUCCAGUGUACUGCAGUGUCUGAGCGACUUGGCUGCUGAUUUGAGUCAACCGCGUCGUGAGUGGUUCAAGGAUAAUAAGCCUUUUCAUCUCGGUACGCUGAGCGCCGAUACGGAGCGUUACUUUUUCACUUCAGAGCAUGAAAUUUUGGUUAUCGUGAAUACAGAAUCGGCCGAUUCAGGCCAUUAUCGCUGCGAGAUAAGCGACAAUUCGAAAACGUAUACAGUGCAAACGGAAUUGAUUGUGGUGAAGGAGGAACUGAGCCAGAAUGUGAUAUUUUUCGGCGUUGUCAUCGUCGCAGCGCUGUGUGUACUCAUUAUUGCCUUAGCCACUUUCGCGCUAAUUCUGUAUCAGCGACGCAAAGCAUUUAAGCGUCGCCGUGAGAUAUGUCAAAACGCAAAUAGCACCAGUGGCGCGCCGAGUGGUUUGCUUUCGGGCAGUGUUGGGCUAAUUGGUGGCAGCGCACGCGUCGCAUCCACCAGCUCGCAAAUGCUAAGUGGCAGUCGUGGCAGCGCAUUGGAUCAAACACAACUUACCACACUCAAUCGGACGCUGCUGCAAAAGCCGCAAACGGACGCACAGCGGCAACGUCCACACAGUCUAGGCGAUUAUGAAGCGAAUGCAGGUAAUGGUGAAAAUGUUGAAAGUGGUUUGCAGAUUGCUGGCAAUAACUAUGAAAAUAGUAGACAACCACAACAUUUAAUUAUAACACCAACGCCCAACUAUCAACAACUUUUGCAACAACAUGUCGGCAACGACAUCGAAGCCGAUGGCGAGCAUUUCACAAUGGCGUAUUUGAAACGCAUUUCGUUGCCGGACAGCGCAGGUGUUGGCGGCGACCACACGCAGGAUCAUUUGUCCAGCAAAGAUUCCGGUACUGGCUCGGAUACGGCGGUAAAGCGUAGCCUAGAUGAUUUCACAAUGUCGGCGCUACUGCCAACUACUAGCGUAGGCACACAGCAGUCGGUCGAUUGCGCUACAACGCCAGUCAAUGAAACUACGCCACAGAUCACGCGUCGUUAUAAUGGUUAUCGGCACGACGGCAUCGAAAAUUCCUAUCCCACAGACGAUGGCGGCGAUAUGGACGACGCGGAUCUUUUGUACGCGGCAACGCAUGCUCUUGGCGUUUCCGAAUGUGAGGUGGAGUUGCUGGACUUGGACAGGCAUAGGACAGCUACUAUGAGAAUUAACGAUCGGGAUAUGCACGCGGAAGCUGAAACUGACCCAGAUGCAGAUACAGAUGUGGUUGCAAAUGAACGUACACACUUUCUGCACAAAAACAAUUAUAGUAAUCCAAAUGACAACGCAACUGGUGUGCGAAAUAAUGGUAGUGGCGUUGACAGACAGCACUACGAACGUUUACCGACAGCUCCGAAACUUCACUACCCCACAAAUUAUAGCGGCAAUAGUUUUGAUGGCGGCGGAAGCGGUAGCAGCGCAGCACUCAGUGGUAAUUGCAAAGCCAAUUUAAGUACAAACUCCACGAGCGCUGCUGCGCAUGCGCAAACGGUUGAUAUUUAACUAUAAUUAGGACAAAAACUAAAAAUCUAUCCUACACUAGCUAAUGAAGCAUGCCGAGCAUACUUUAAGGCGUAAAAGCGGCAAGUGUAAGUGCAGCCAAUGAUGAGUACACCAAAUAAGACUGUAGUUCAUAUAUAUAGUACAUACAUACAUACAUACAAGUUUGAAAAAGUCAAGCAAAAUGAAGUAUUUAGAAAAAAAAAUGUCUACCAAAGUAUCACAUUGAUACCACCUGCAUAUUUAUAUUUAAUAGAUGCAAACUUACUUACAUUCAUACACACAUAUGUACAUACGUUUAUAUGUUUAUGUGUGAAUUGUAGAGAGCCUAUAAAAUGUGUCAUAAACGUUGGCCGCAUUUCGUUGCGUUUUAAACUAGUACAAAUUUCUAUGAAAUGUGAAAAGUGAAAUGUGACUUUGCUGCUCCUUCCAGCCUCCAUCGCGAGUUGUCGGCUGAACGCAUUUGUGUGCUGGCUAUCCACAGUAAUUUGACCAGUGCUAAAGUGAUCACAGGGAAGGAUAGGAGUUGGGCAAACAGUGAAAAAUGUACAAAUAAAAAUUGCGAUUUCGCUAUUCACACAAGCACACACAUGCACACUCUCCAUUUCAACUCAAGCACACUGCAUGUUUGGUUUUGUUUGUUCUUUUAAUUUUAACGUUAUUUUAAAUAUAUUCGUUUAUGUAUUUAUAUAAUCAAGUUACAGCUAGAAACUUCAUUGUGAUAUUAUUUAUUACGCUAAUUUAAAUUAUUAUUUAAAUAAUUAAAUAUGUAAAUGUGUAAAGUGUCAAAAGCGGCUAUAGACAUUGAUUGAAUAUAAUUUACUAUCUAUACACACAAAUUGUUCGAUGCUAAUGUGUAUAAGAGUAUGACAUAUAUACAUAUGUAUUGUAAGAUGCUAGUUUAUUUCUUUGUAAACACACAUACAUACAUCUACUAAAUACCGUUAAGUUGAAAGUUAUGCCAAACCACCUAAUUAAUUUGCACGCCUUGUAAACAUAGUUCUAAGGAAGUAUAGUAAUUUUAGCUAUAAGAACCCAAGCGCCUACAUAAUACAUAUAUAUGUAUGUAGACAUAUACAUAUAAGCAUAUAAAUACACACUUAUUAUAUUGAAA